AUGUCUACUUCGAUGCUUCCCAUUCCCGAGUCGUGUGCUAUAACAUUCAAAGGUCACUCGGCGCCGGUAAAUUAUGUCACUUUCAACUCAACAGGAGAAUAUGCGCUAUCAGGAAGUCAUGAUAGAACAAUCAAACUAUGGAAUCCAGAAGCCGGAUUUUCAAUCAAGACUUAUGAAGGACACGGAAAAGAAGUACUUGGAAUAUGCGUGUGUGUACCUUAUCCGAGUCAUUAUGGACGUAUAAUCACCCCCAGCUUAACUAAUACAGCUAUUUACACAAGUGCCCAUGACAAUUCAAGAUUUGCUUCAUGUGGAAGCGACAAACAAGUGUUUUUAUGGGAUGUCGGCACUGGAAGAACGAUAAGAAGAUUCGAUGGACAUGGUCAGCGUAUUAAUGCUGUUGCAUUCAAUGCAGAAGGAACUGUUCUUGAUCGUAUGAUACAACGAUCCAAUAAUCGUUUUCCAAUUCAAAUCCUGGAGGAAGCAAAGGAUGGUGUGAUGUCAUUACAAGUAUCACAAUACGAGAUACUGACUGGAUCUGUAGACGGGAAUAUAAGAGUAUAUGAUCUUCGAAUGGGCUCGCUGACCGUUGAUUUGAUAUCACGUGGGUACAAUCCGAUAACGUCAGUUCGCUUUUCCGGAGAUGGUAAUUGCAUUCUAGUCAGCUCGCUGGAUGGCGUAAUACGUCUAAUGGAUAAAGAUAACGGCGGCCUAUUGAAUUCGUUUCGCGGUCAUCAGAAUACAACAUACAAAAUUACUUCAUGCUUAUCGACUGACGAUUCACAAGUCAUAAGCGGCAGUGAAGAUGGAAAUAUAUACUUCUGGGACUUGGUUGAAGCAACAUUGUUGACUAAGGUCAAAGCCCACGAUAAAAUAGUGACAAGCGUCGCAUAUCAUCCUAGAAAACCACUAGUGAUAAGUACGAGUGUCGAUGGAACGGCCAAAGUAUGGAAACCAACAAGUAUCGGAUAA